AUGGAGGACGAGUAUGCAGCCAAAUUUCGGUUGGCACAAGUGUUUGCUGAGAACGAACGGGUUCUCAGUAGCUCAUCGAUGGACGAGAGUGUUCUCGAUGAGAAGACUCGGAUUGAGCAAUACACGUCUCAGUCUUGGUAG